GGGCAGAGGGCUAUAAAACGGAGAGGCUGCUGGUACUGAGGAAAGCCACAGUUGGCUGCGGUGCUGCCUUCGGAAAACUUCUGCCUGACUCGGAUGAAUCACAGCAGCGGGACUUGAAACGGAUGACAGCGGACGUUUGGAUAUAAGCCGGACUCUUGCGUUUGUCCGUCCCGGUGUCCUGUGCUCGGCGUGUCAGCUGUGGUCGGUGUGUUGAGGAGCUACUCUGCGGACCUUUGGGAUGCUCGCUCCCCGCGCGCUCCGCUGCUUGCUGUGCGUGCUGAGCUGCGCGUGGUGGCCGCACACCGGAGCGGCCUCGCGGCUCAAGUCUGCCGCUCUGCCCAUCCAGUCCGAGAGAGAACCGCAGCCCUCCAAAGGCCUGACAGGAUGCUCAUUUGGAGGUCGAUUUUAUUCUCUGGAAGACACGUGGCACCCAGACCUCGGGGAGCCCUUCGGUGUCAUGCACUGUGUCCAGUGCUACUGCGAACCUCAAAAGAGUCGUCGUGGAAAGGUAUUUGGGAAGGUAAACUGCAAGAACAUUAAGCAGGACUGUCCAGACCCAGACUGUGAUGAUCCCAUCCUGCUGCCGGGUCACUGCUGUAAAACCUGUCCUAAAGGUUCAGGUGACAGAAAACAGACUGACUCUGUUCUGGACAGCUUUGAGUAUUUCCACGAGAAGGUCAAAGAGAAGGAGGAUGACCUCCACAAAUCUUACAAUGACAGAUCCUAUCUGAGCUCUGAGGAUGUGGGCCCAGGGGAGAGUCGAACUGACUUUGUAGCAGUGUUGACAGGAGUGACGAGCUCAUGGCUGCCCAGCUCCAGUGCUGUUGCCAGAGUUCGCUUUGUUCUGACCAGAAACAGCCUGGCCUUCUCCAUCACAUACCAAAGAAUGGGCCGUCCUAGUAAAAUAGUCUUCCUGGACUCUGAUGGGACCACUGCUUUUGAGUACAGAGUCCCCAAAGGACAGUCAGACAUGAUCUGUGGAGUAUGGAAGAACAUGGCUAAGCCUCUCUUGCGACAGCUGCAGUCUGAGCAGAUGAGGAUCAGCAUGACCACAUCGACCAGCAGACGAGAAGAAGUGGAGGGAAAGAUCAUCAAACACAGGGCGCUGUUUGCCGAAACAUUCAGUUCAAUGCUGACAUCGGAGGAGGAGAACUCAGGCAUGGGAGGAAUUGCCAUGCUGACCCUGAGUGACACCGAGAACAACCUCCACUUCAUCCUCAUCCUGCAAGGCCUCAUCAAACACAAAGGCAAAGAUCCCCUUUUGGUGCCCAUCCGAGUCCAACUGGUGUACCGCCAACAUAUCCUGAGAGAGAUUCGAGCCAACAUCACCUCUCAUGAUCCAGACUUUGCAGAGGUGCUGACAGACCUGAACAGCCGCGAACUGUUCUGGUUAUCUCGGGGUCAACUGGAAAUCACUGUGGCGACGGAGGGUCCAGAUCCCAGACAAAUCUCUGGCUUCAUCACUGGCAGAAAGUCUUGUGACACUAUUCAGAGCGUGAUGUCCAGUGGAGAUGCACUGACUCCAGGAAAGACAGGAGGCGUGGGAUCUGCUGUCUUCAGCCUCCAUGAUAACGGAACACUGGACUAUCAGGUUCAGGUCGCAGGUCUCUCCAGUGAUGUCGUCGGCCUCACUAUUGAGUUGAAGCCACGGCGACGAAACAAGCGUUCUGUCCUCUACGACUUGACACCAGAAUACAGCAAGACCACUGGGCAGGCGGUGGGCAGCUGGAGCCGUCUGGAGGCUCGACACAUUCACAUGCUGCUGCAGAACGAACUCUUCAUCAACGUGGCCACGGCACACAGCCAGGAGGGGGAGCUGAGAGGGCAGAUCAAGGCCCUGCUUUAUAGUGGCCUCGACGCACCCAGACAUGAGCUGCCCACCCCUCUCGCUGGCCACUUUGUUUCACCACCAGUAAGAACUGGAGCUUCUGGCCACACCUGGCUGUCGGUGGACAAACAGUGUCACCUGCAUUAUGAGAUCGUUGUUGCUGGCCUCAGCAGGACCGACGACAUCACCGUGAACGCCCACCUCCACGGCCUGGCUGAGAUCGGAGAGAUGGACGACAGCAGCACCGCACACAAGAGGCUGCUGACCGGCUUCUACGGCUCACAGGCUCAGGGAGUGUUAAAAGACAUCAGCGCGGAAUUACUGCAACACCUUGACCAGGGAACAGCUUUCAUUCAAGUCAGCACCAAGAUGAACCCUCGAGGAGAAAUACGAGGACGGGUCCAUGUGCCAAACAACUGUGAGUCUGGGACGAAGGCAGACACGGAUGAAGUUGAGUUUGAUGAUGUUUAUCAAAAGGACCCCGAGGAGUUGAAGAAAGACCCCCAUACCUGCUUCUUUGAGAACCAGCACCAUGCUCAUGGUUCCAGGUGGACGCCCAACUACGACAAGUGUUUCUCCUGCAGCUGCCAGAAGCGAACAGUGAUCUGUGAUCCAGUCAUCUGUCCAGUGUUGACCUGCUCCAGAACCAUUCAGCCCGAUGACAAGUGCUGCCCAGUCUGUGAUGAGAAAAGGGAGCCCAAGGACGUGAAAGCUCCAGACAGGGUGGAAGAGCAUCCUGAAGGUUGUUACUUUGAAGGAGACCAGAAGAUGCACGCCCCAGGAACCACAUGGCAUCCCUUUGUUCCUCCCUUUGGCUACAUUAAAUGUGCUGUCUGCACUUGCAAGGGGUCCACAGGGGAGGUUCACUGUGAGAAGGUGACGUGUCCGGCGUUGACCUGCAGUCAACCAGUGAGACGCAAUCCCUCUGACUGCUGUAAGGAGUGUCCAGAGGAGGACAGGACCCCAGCUGGAUUGGAGCACAGCGACAUGAUGCAAGCAGAUGGCCCGAGACACUGCAAAUUUGGAAAGAACUAUUACCAGAACAGUGACAGCUGGCAUCCCUGGGUGCCUCUGGUGGGCGAGAUGAAGUGCAUCAACUGCUGGUGUGAUCAUGGUGUGACCAAGUGUCAGAGGAAGCAAUGUCCAAUACUGACCUGCUCCAACAUCACCCGCACAGAUGGCUCAUGCUGUCCUGAAUGUGUUGAUGACAGAGAUGACGAUGACCUGAUGAUGAAAGCUUCUGACAAAAGGCGAACCUUGAGACACUGAUUCACUGGGACACACCUAAUAGAAGCCCAAUACCCAUCUCUAGCUAUUCAAUCCCCCUCCUCUUCCUCUCAGAUGGACCCAAACCCAGAGCUGUAUUCUUUGCCCACCUCUAUCCUCCCUUCUCACCUGACACCCACCCUGUUAUCAGCUUCAGGAUUGUAACGAGGAGAAAGGAGCAACUACGGCAGGAUAAAAGAAAAUGGAUAUAAAGGACUAAAUAAGUGAAGGGAUGAAGCUGCGUAGAGGACCAACCAGACUUUAUUCACCUGCUGCCUUCUGCUUCCUGCCUUCGGUGUUUGCUGGAAUUUCUUGUUGCUCGGUUCUUCAAAACUUACAGUUGGGGACUUGCGGUGUAGCUGUAGCAGUGGCACAGCUGUUCAACGGGACUCUUCUGAAAAGCAGCUGGAUUUGAAAUGUCGGUCGGAUUGUGUGAGUUGUAUUUCAUCGACAGGGCUUCUUUUUGAAGUACAGCCAUACUGUAGCUACUGCAGCUUCUCACCCCUCAUCGGACACAGUGAGGAAAGUUUAAUCUGUGUGAAUGUGUGAGAGUGCAAGAGUGUGUUUUUUUUCUUUCUUUUUUUUUUAAAAAUACGACUAAUCAACAAUAAAGACAGUACACAUAGUGGGUGGCAAGGUGGGGUUCAAUGACUGUAAAAAAUACACCAAAAACAGCGAAAAGCUUGAAAAAGCAUUGCUACUUGUCUCUUCAUCUAAUCUGCAGUUUUCAUUUGUUGUAAGAAUAUAUUUCUACUCAGUAUCACUCAUGUAGGUGCCGGGGACCAAGUCCGUUUGAUCUCACUGCUUCUCUGCUUUGGUUGUUCCUGUUUUGAAUUAAGUAAUAUUUUAUGAAUUUUUCUAUCACUGUCGUUCAUGAACAUGAAGCUGGUUUGUAUUUUGUAUUUAUUGAAUGGUGUGGAAACAAAAUAAAAAAGAUGUUUGUUGGUCGAA